GGCUGCUGUUUCAGACGGCUCGAGCUGCUGUGGACGAGAGACCGCGGACCUGAAGGAGGACUGGGGGACAGGACAGGCGGACCCGGGGACAGGACGGACACGCAACGCGCGCGCACGGGACAGACAUUCAGUUCAUUUCCCACCUGAUAAAGGUCAGAGGUCACAGCUCCAUGGUGGCUGAUAGAAGAUGAGAGACGAUGACUUUGGACGGAGCCGCGCUCUGCCAGGGUCAGAGGUCAAGCUGCACCAGGAUGCGGACAGAUCAGCUGGUUGCCAUGGUAAAGAGCUGGAGGAGGGUGGAGUUAAAGCCACGCCCCCGGGAGACGACGGCAGGUGCGCUCAUCCUGUUGACAGCGCUGGACUCUUCUCCUUCAUGACGUUUCAUUGGCUCACGCCUCUGGUCGUACACGCCCGCAAGAAAGGACAGCUCCUAUUGGCCGACAUCUGGCCCGUGUCACCGCAGGAGAAUUGCCAUGCCAACAGCAUGAGGCUGGCGGCGCUGUGGGAGGAAGAGCAGAGGUCAAAGGGCAGCGAGGCUUCUCUGUGCUCAGUGGUCUGGUCCUUCUGCCGGACCCGGCUCCUCCUGUCCAUCCUCUGCCUGACCGUCACCCAGCUGGCCGGAUUCAGCGGACCGGCCUUCAUGGUGAAGCGUCUCCUGGAGUACACUCAGCAGCAGGACUCGGACCUCCUCUACGGCCUCCUGCUGGUUCUGGGCCUGCUGACCACAGAGCUGGUCCGGUCCUGGUCUCUGGCUCUCACCUGGGCUCUGAACUACCGGACCGGCUGCCGCCUGAGGGGCGCCGUCCUCAGCCUCGCUUUCCACAAGAUCCUGAGGCUCCGCAGCGUCCGAGACAAGUCCAUGGGCCAAUUGAUGAACAUGUGUUCCAGUGACGGUCAGCGGAUGUUCGAGGCGGCGGCGGUGGGCAGUCUGUUGGCUGGAGGCCCCCUGGUGGCGGUUCUGGGCGUGGCCUACAACCUGUUCAUCCUGGGGCCGACGUCCCUGCUGGGGUCAGCCGUGUUCAUCCUGUUCUACCCCACCAUGAUGUUUAGCUCCAGACUGACCGCCUACUUCAGGAGGAGGGGCGUGGCCGUCACCGACCGCCGAGUCCAGAAGAUGAACGAGAUCCUCAGCUACAUCAAGUUCAUCAAGAUGUACGCCUGGGUCAAAGCCUUCUCUCAGGACGUCCGCCGAAUCCGUGAUGAGGAGCGCAAGAUCCUGGAGCUUACCGGAUACUUCCAGAGCAUCACUGUGGGCGUAGCUCCCAUUGUUGUGGUCAUCGCCAGCGUGGCGACUUUCUCCACUCACAUGUUGCUAGGAUACGACCUGACAGCAGCCCAGGCCUUCACUGUGGUAACUGUCUUCAAUGCCAUGACCUUUGCCCUUAAGGUGACCCCGUUCUCUGUUAAGUCCCUGUCUGAGGCUUCAGUGGCAAUGGAGAGAUUCAAGAACCUCCUCCUGUUACCGGAGGUUGACAGCAUCCCAGCAUUGCCUGGCGACCCUGAGGUUGCCGUGGAGAUGUGUGGAGCCAGCCUGGCGUGGGACGGAGGAGGACAGAGCGCUCAGCCGAGUCCGUGUGUCCGACCGGCCGCCAGACUCCGACACAGAGACAAGUGCAGAGACCGAAGAGUCCUGCAGGAGGAGGAGGAGGAAGAGGAGGGGACCGGAUCUCUGCUGAGAGGAGGAGGAGGACCAGAGGCAUUGUCCAGUCCAGAGGAGGAGGAGGAGGAGGAGGUGUGUCCUCCCCUCCUGCCCGUCCCUCCUCCAACCAUUCAACUUCAGAGCACUUUGCACUGCAUUAACCUGAGAGUCCACCAGGGGAGGCUGGUGGGAGUUUGUGGAAGUGUCGGCAGUGGAAAGACUUCGCUGAUCUCCGCCAUCUUAGGACAGAUGACGGUGUUGGAGGGCAGCGUGGCCGUCAGAGGACGACUGGCCUACGUGGCCCAACAGGCCUGGAUCCUGAACGCAACGCUUCGAGACAACAUCCUGUUUGGACGGGAGUACCAGGAGGACAGGUACCAGUCGGUGCUGAGCGUGUGUUGUCUGAGACCGGACCUCACUCUGCUGCCGAAUGCCGACCUCACUGAGAUUGGCGAACGCGGUGCGAACCUGAGCGGCGGUCAGCGGCAGCGAAUCAGCUUGGCCCGUGCUCUGUACAGCGACCGGGACGUUUACAUCCUGGACGACCCACUGAGCGCGCUCGACACCCACGUGGCCAACCACAUCUUCAACAACGCCAUCAGGAAGCAGCUCCGCCACAAGACCGUCAUCUUCAUCACACACCAGCUGCAGUACCUGGUGGACUGUGACGAUGUGAUCCUCAUGAGAGACGGUAGUAUAGUGGAGCAGGGUCACCAUGACAACCUGAUGAAGCUGAACGGAGACUACGCCGCCAUGUUUAACCACUUUCAGCUGGGAGACGCCCCAUACAUAGAGCCUCUUAACAGGAAGAGCGGUGGUUCUCAGAGGAAACCAGCCGACAGUAAACCUGGAUCAGUGAAAAAAAACAACAGUCCACCAGUGAAGGACGGCGGGGAGGAGCAGCAGUGUGGGGGCGUGGCCUGGCCGGUGUUUCGUCUCUACAUGUCAGAGUGCGGUGGCUCCGCCUCCUGCCUGCUCAUCCUGGUCCUGUUCGUCUUGAAUGUGGGAAGCUCCGCCUUCUGUCAGUGGUGGCUCAGCUACUGGGUGAACCAGGGCAGCGGGAACACCACUGUAACCCAGGGCAACAGUUCAGCUGUCAGCAUCAGCAUGAAGGACAAUCCCAUGAUGCAACACUACGUCGCUAUCUACGCCUCCUCCAUGGGGGUCAUGCUGCUCCUCAAACUGAUCCGGGGCGUCGCUUUCGUCAAGGGAACCCUACGAGCUUCCUCCAAACUACACGACGAGCUCUUCCAUAAGAUCCUCCGCUGCCCCAUGAAGUUCUUCGACACGACGCCGACUGGACGGAUCCUCAACCGCUUCUCCAAGGACAUGGACGAAGUGGACACCCGUCUGCCCUUCCAGGCUGAGAUGUUCAUCCAAAAUGUGAUCCUGGUCUUCUUCUGCCUCGGUGUCAUCAGCUGUGUUUUCCCAUGGUUCCUUGUGGCGGUGGGUCCUCUGGUCUUGCUGUUCGCUGGUCUCCACAGCGUCUCCAGAGUCUUCAUCCGGGAGUUGAAGCGUCUGGACAACGUCACCAUGUCCCCUUUUAUGUCCCACAUCACAUCCAGCAUUCAGGGCCUGGCCACACUGCGGGCCUACAACCGGGGACAGGACUUCCUGCACCAGUACCAGGUUCUGCUGGACCAGAACCAGGCUCCAUUCUACCUGUUCAGCUGUGCCAUGCGCUGGCUGGCGGUACGUUUGGAUGUCAUCAGCGUGGCUCUGAUCAGCAUCACGGCCCUGAUGAUGGUCCUGAUGCACGGACAGAUCCCUCCCGCCUACGCCGGACUGGCCAUCUCUUACGCCGUGCAGUUGACAGGUUUGUUCCAGUUCACAGUGCGUUUAGCCUCUGAGACUGAAGCUCGCUUCACCUCUGUGGAGAGAAUCCACCAUUACAUCCAGUCCCUGUCCCAGGAAGCCCCGGCCCGGGUCAAAGGUCACGCUCCGCCGGUGGACUGGCCCCAGCAGGGGAAGUUGGUGUUCAGGGAGGUGGAGAUGAGGUACCAGGAGAACCUGCCUCUGGUCCUGAACCGGAUUUCCUGCACCAUCCGACCCAAAGAGAAGGUCGGCAUCGUAGGGCGGACUGGCUCAGGGAAGUCAUCUCUGGGCGUUGCCCUGUUCCGGCUCGUGGAGUGCUGUGGAGGAUCGAUCCUAAUUGACAGUGUUGACAUCAGCGACAUCGGAUUGGCCGACCUCCGCAGUAAACUGUCAAUCAUCCCCCAAGACCCGGUCCUGUUCAGCGGGACCCUCAGGUUCAACUUGGACCCAUUUAACCAGUACACUGAAGACCAGAUCUGGAACGCCCUGGACCGGAGUCACAUGAAGGAGUGUGUCAGUCAGCUGCCUCUGAAGCUGGAGUCGGAGGUGGUGGAGAACGGAGAAAACUUCUCAGUUGGAGAAAGACAACUGCUGUGUGUCGCCAGAGCUCUGCUGAGGCAAUGCAAGGUGCUGGUCCUGGACGAGGCAACGGCUGCGAUGGACGCUGAGACGGACGCCCUGAUCCAGGAGACAAUCCGCAGCUCCUUCCAGGACUGUACAACGCUGACCAUUGCCCACCGGCUGCACACGGUCCUCGCCUCCGACCGCAUCAUGGUCCUGAACCAGGGACAGGUGGUGGAGUUCGACGAGCCGUCCAGGCUGCUGGCCAAUGAGAACUCUCGCCUGUGCUCGAUGCUGGCCGCCGUGGAGAACAAGAUCUCAGUGCGAGGAUGAGUCAGAGGUCAGAGGUCACAGUGCCAGGUGCUGUUACUGUAAAUGAUAUUCAUAGAAUCUAAAUGUGUAAAUGAAUGGUGGCUCUGUACGAGGCCACAGCCAUCUCGCCGUCACAUGACUUACUGUUGCUUUUUUUGCAACAUGACGACAUUUUGUCCGUUUUUUUUUUGUUGUUGUUCUUUUUGGUCGUGUGACCUAACAUAAACAGGUCCUCUUCUGAUGAUCAUGUGACUGGAUGUUUUGAGUUUUUCAUAAUCAUGUGACAAACUCCGCCUCCUAAAAUAUGUUGACCUUCCACUCAGAACACAGUGACAUUUACUGAACAUUGACAGGGUCUGGUGGACCAGCCUCCAUCUUGGAUCAGGACACUUAAUAUACAUUCAGAUGCAGCCAAAUGUGGCCCAAAUCCGAUUUUUUCCCCAUAUGUGACCUGUAGCUGAUCUGUUACAGACAGUUUGAACAGCACUAAUCUGACCCAGACCACUUUC